AUGCCAAAGUACGUUCGCCGACAGCCUCUGAGUGAGCGCAUUGCGGCCUACCUCAACCCCUACGACUUCUUGCUAUGGCUGUCAGAGGAAAUUGAGUCGCGAGGAUGGGAUCAACUAGAGAAGGAAUGGGCCAUCCCUGUUGGUGUUGUCUUGAAUUUGGUCUUCCUGGUGGCCAGAGCAAACAGCCAGACCAAGUCUCGGAGCUACGAUGAUGUCUUUGGCGAUGGCCCUUCCUUCGGCUGGAUCGCCUGGCUGUCCGUUCUCGCCGCCCAUAUCCUGACACUGCUAUCGGUAGCAAACGCCGCAUACACCUUCUGGCGACGGAAGCACUACCGACUGUUCGAAAAGGACAUUGACAAUGUGCCGAGCACACCUUCUGCACGUCGAGUUCGCCUCGAGGUUGACUCUGAGCCAGUCGCUUCAUCGCCGCUGCAAUUUCUAUCGAGCAUGUUGGGAUCAGAAAAGGCCCAAUCGCGGGCACACCCAGAUGCCUCAAGAGAUGUGUGGGAGAUCGCUGUCUGGGACCCUUUGCCAGUCUCGUUGAGGUUGUUCUGCUACUUCAGUCCCGGUCACGUCUUUGUCUACUGGCUCUUCCUUCCCAUAGCUCCCACCGAGCCUCGGCCAAGCAUCAAGAUCCUGACAGCGAUCGUCCUGGCAUUGCUGCUUUCUCUGCAGCUGUCGGCCUUCCAAGCUUUCUUCUCUCAGCAAGCAAAGGAUUCUGCAUACAUCUCCAAAGAAGUCUUGCACGAGUAUGAUGUGAAAUAUGUGCAACCACGCACCCAACCACUGUAUAGAGACGUCGGCACACAGUACACCGAGCAAGCCAAUUCCUCAGCUGCUCGCGAUGCCAGAUACAACACCGUACAGACAUACAGACCUAUGGUCAAUAUCAACAAAGGCUUCAGUAUAAGCCCAAAUCCCAGUUAUACAGCACAUCCGGAAUUGUCGGGCACGAGUUCAGACCAACUCCGGCAUCGAGCCGGUAGCACAGAAAUGGCAACACCAGCUCAAACGAGAGGCAUGAGUCCGAUGAGACCAAUGACUGCAUUUCGUCAGCCUGUCUUUCGCCCUCAAAGCGGCGAUGGCGGCAGUCUUGGUGUCUACACGCAUGCCGCAUCACCAUUGCGCAAGAGCGCCUCCACCAACUUUGCAUGCGUCGACCAGGACAGAGCGAGAGCACACUUGAGCCCUGAAAGACGACCAGGAAGUCCUGACAAGCGACUUAGUAUGCCGCUUGGGGGACUCAACUCAAAUUUGGCUCAGUCAAGAAUGCCUCGAUCUCGCAAGGAACAGCGUGCUUCUUCCGCAUCGUGGCUACCAGGUAAUGCAGAACAUCGAAACCCGUCAGCAGAAGGACCUGAGGCCUUCCGAACGUUACCAAGCCAGCGUCCUCGACGACGACCGGACCGAUCAACUUCCUACUUCCCGAUCUUCGAUCCAGUCGCUGGCGAGCAUCGUCGGUCGAGUCGUGAUCGGCUGGCGUCUGACUCGAGCCGACCAGAUGUCAGUGCUCUGACAGAGCCACACUCUCCGCAAGAAGAGCCAGAGACAACCACAGCUCAUGCAGGUCCGUCAGAUCUGCAACAGGCACUGGACGAUCGAAGACGUAAGACUGAGACGGAUUACUACGAACGUACUGACGAGCACACUGGUCUCGUCAGGCGCGUCAGCAUGAUCAGGAAUGUAUCGAGAGAUGACUACCUCAUGGCACGAGGCGCCAACCCUCGGACAGGUAUUGUCACUCCAGCGUCCACAGCUCCAACAGCAGCUUUGAUGAGAACUCUGAGCUCAAGGCAAGAGGCAUUCUCCCACCGCCAAAAUGGAGGCAACGCGGAAACCAGUGGAUCAGCCUCGAGUUCGGGCAACCCACACCUGUUCCGACGCCAACGUCUGAACUUGUACAACAAUGGGACCACGCCUCCCCGCCCUCCUCCAAAAUCACCGCCUGCUCCACCCUCGAAAGACGGCGCAGAUCCAGUAACACCAUUAGGAUUCCCUGGGUCUUUCCCAAAAACUCCUUCAGCAAACAAUAGCAGCUGCUUGCCGACGGCCAUGACGGACCACGGCAUCAAACGCAAGCCGGUUGGCAGCCCGACCAAAUUCUACCGUCAGGGAGAUGGGCCGGGAGGUGGCACGUCAGCAGAUGUAGCUCACCCUGAUGGAGCACAUGCCCUGCGAGAAGAUGCAAUGAGGUCCACAUCGGCGCCAAUCAGGCACAAACCAGAUCCUUUCUCGCCUGCGGAUAUCGGAUCGGACAUUCGACAGGCCUCGAGAGGUGAUGUGGAGGGCAUCUCUACUGUUGGCUCUCAAGCUCCUCUUCCCGGAUCUUUUUUAGACCAGCAGCCAAGGCGCGCAUCAGCCGCCCAAUGCCAAACAAAAAGGACCGAGAAAGAGCUCCCAUGUCUGCCGACGAACAAUGGCCCAUUCCAGUCACUACAGAGCAAAGACCUGCUGAAUCAUCGCACACUGGCCCCGGAAGAUACCUUGACCAACGUCAUCAUACCUCAGGAGCGCACCCCUCCGAUCUCUCGAAAUGCAGUGGAAGGAAAUAUCCUUCCCGACUCGUUCGUCAACGGCCCGAGAGACAUGGCCCCGAGCAUGUUACGCAUGGGCUUGCACAGACCAAGAGAGCGCGUGACGCUGGAGGGUCCAAAGACGCACGCCAAAGGUGGACGACCGAUGGACAUUCCAGUAUACGACAAUCCUCCGCCUCUUCCCGACGGACCAAUCCAGCCAAGGAGUCUCGCAAUGUCCUCGAGUCUGCCGAGAGCUCGAGAUCAAGACCGUCCCGUUCCACUACGCUUCGAGGACAUGCAUGGCAUCACCACGAACACUUCCACGAACACGUACACAAGUACUACUUCAAAGAUGGAUUUCAAUUCCAGUCAACAGACGCAGCAACGAGAACUACUCCGCGCCGCACCCACCCAAUCCGUGAAGCAGACGUAUGGCCCACGCCAGAUCGGCCCCCGAGGCAUAGCGCCAGGAUUGCGAAGUACCAUGAAUAUGAACAUGAGCAUGUCAUCGGGCGAUCUCUUUGGCAUGGAUAUGGCAAUGCCCCACGUCGGUCCUCGAAAGUUCGGCCGGCCACCAAUGCCCGGACGAAUGGAGGCGGCGGAUACUAUACCUACCAUUCCACGCGUCCUGCACGGCCCCCGAAGACCGAUGCACCAAACAGGCACGCGGCCGCCUUACCCGUGGAACCGGACUGGUAUGCCAACAGCAAACAGCAUGCCCGAGAUCUACGCCGAUCGCAGCCCAGACAUCAUCGACAAGGCGCCGUACCGAAUAUACCAACAGGUUCCACCAAGUCGUUCCAGAUGUACUCCGAUGGGCAAUCUAGUCGACACCCACGAGACCCACAAGCCUACCGAGACUUGUUCCACCCUACUCCCAUCAAGAGAUCAAGCACUCUACCGGAAAUGCAGCAAAUGCACGAACGGCUUCGUCGAAGAUCACAAAGACAAUCUCGAUGGAACUGCCUCAACAACGACCACAGCAGUGGAAGCUCCGAAAGACCAAUCUGUCCAGCUCGCUCGCGUCGAAGAGCAUCAGGAUGAAUCACGUACUGACACAGUGUCGAUCGAUGUGAUGAAGAAAGAAGUCGUCGUGAUCGCAAAUGAUGCUGUGCCAGAGCCCGAGCUGCCCAGAACCAUCGAACCAGCUCCUACCACGCCAGAGCAGCCAAAGAAGCGGCAACAAGAGGAAAGGACGAUCUCUUUCCGAAGGCCAGACACUGAAGCCAAGCCUCGCCCUCUGAUGAUGCCUCGAAAAGACUCGUGUGAUGCGCCUAUGCCAGUCUCGACCGAGGAUGACUGCCACGAUGGAUGUUUGGGCCAUCCGAGUCCAUCGCCAAGUCCUGUGAAGAGGAUGAGGUCCAUGGAAGACACAUAUUCAAGCCGAUCAGACAGCAUCACGUCACUGGAGGGACAGCCAUUGACGCCAUCGGCCGGGCGAGGCAAAAAGCUUGAAGUUGUGCGAAAUGCAUUCAAGCGAAGUCUGCAGCGAACACCUAGUCCCACAAAGUCUUCCGUCGCGCCUUCGUUGAGCUCACGGAUCAGGGAUGUGAAUGACGGCGAUGUCAGCUUGAAAGAAUUCCCAAGCGGACUGGCAACUCCAGGCACAUUCUGGGGCAGUAGCCCACGAAAGGGUUCCGCAACAGCUGCUCAUGCAGCGAGUGUGGCCCUAUCUCGGAGCGAUAGUGGUGGAUCGACCUCAACCGGAGCUGCUGCCGCUGCGAAGACUGCAAUAGGCUUGAAGUCAACGGGCGACACUCGGAAGCCCGCUGUCCUGGUCAAGAAAAGGCGAAAUGGCAAGGCGCCCGCUGUCGAUGAGUCGAACAGAAAGGUGACUCCAAAUGAAGGUCGUCGGGUGACCAGCCAGCCAGGUCCAGCUGUAUCGGAUGGCUGGAACGAUGAUGAUGCCACAAGUGUCAGUGACGGUAGGAGCCGCCGUCGUCCAAGCGACGCCACCAGUAUCGCAACGCUAGAGGUCGCGAUGCCGAAGAUUACUUCACUGACAUCCGGCAUCAGCGCCGCUUACGAGAUGGUACUCGUGCCCGUCGAAGCCAGUCGGAUGUGGCUCCGCAAUCAUCCUCGUGUUGGUAGUGGCGGAUCCAGCGUCGUUAAUCGUGGACUCGACAUGUUGACUGUGUUACUUGGCACGACAGAAGCCUGCUGGCACAUCGCCUUCGUUUACAGCAAGACAGGCAAGUUGAGGUUGCCGAAGAUAAAGACGAAGCGGAAAGCCUCGGGCUCUAACGAUGGCUGGGACGAGACUUCCGAAGAUGUGGUCGACGUUCAGCAGAUGACCCCGGCGCAAUUCAUGUGGGACUGCGUGCGGAGUUUUGUGUACGUCUUGAUCUUCCUUGCGCUACUCGUGCUGUUGGUCAGGGUUGUCAGGUGGGUUUUGGGUGUGGUGAAGAUGGUGGCGCUAGUUGUGAGGUGGAUCGGCUGGAUCACUAGGGUGCUGCUGGGUGGUGGCAUUCUGUGGUAG